AUGGAUGCCGCCAAGACCUUCUUGGAUGGCACCGUCGAGCGUGCAGAUUUGAACCAGUACUGGUUCUCUCAGCCCACCUUGUCCACGUUCGUGGAAGAAUGCGACGUCCACGGCAGUUCCGCCUUGGUCUCGUCGCCCAGUGUGUAUUUCAGCCUGCCCGAGGAACGCCGCCGCAACUGCAAAGUCUUCGACUUCGACCGGCAGUGGGAUUCAGAUCCAGGAUUUGUUUUCUAUGACUUCCACCAGCCAGAGGAUCUGCCGGAGGCGCUGCGAGGUGCCUUCAGCUUUGUCCUCAUCGAUCCACCGUUCAUCACGCGUGAGGUCUGGGAGAAAUAUGCCAUCACAGCGCGCUUUUUGGCCUGCGAGGGUGCUCGAAUUCUUUGCACCACCAUAGCUGAAAAUGCCCAGCUGAUGGCAGAGCUGCUGGACCUGCAUCCGGUGCUGUAUCGCCCAGGGAUACCGAACUUGGUGUACCAGUACAGCAUCUAUGUGAACUACGAGUCUGACAGGCUGAAUGAGUUGAAUCCUGAGAUCGACCAGGAAAACUGGCAGGCGACUGCCCAGAGUGUGCUUUGUGGGCAGCUCGAUGAGAAGCUCGAGGCCCCGCUCCUUUCCCGAGCGGGGCAAAAAAGCGCCGGGGAGGGGGAGGGAGCCGGUGCUACCCCGGCUGGUUACCUGGCGACCGAAAGCUUCGCCCCAGAGGUGCCAGUGGAGGAUGUGGCAGAGGUUCAGCUGCUGCUUCAGUUACGAAAGCACCUCAUGGGAGUCAAGCGGGCCAUCGAGGGCCUACAGGCACCUCUUCUGAUGGCUCAACGCAGAACUGCAAUGGGAGGAUUGGCUGCGAGUGCCGCAGCUGACAAGGCGGAUGCUGCCAAAGAUGCAGCAGGAGCUGCCUUGGACCAAAUGGAAGCCUUCUUGCGUGAACACAUCUCGGAGGCCUCGGUUUGGUCUCUCAGCGUCCUGUGCUGUUCUUCGCCAGAGCGCCAGAUCCUCUUCGCCUUGGGCGAGGGCUCGGCCGCCUCGGCCGCCUCGGCCGGCGACGAUCGCUGGCACUCGCCACUUGGCUCAACCUUAGCAUCUCCCUGUCACAGCAUCUGGUGCUUUGGCUUUGGGCCAAGGCGCUCCGCCCGGGCCCUCCUUGAGUGCCAGGGCCAGGGCGGCACGCAAGGCCAAGGCGGCGCGGUCCUAGAUGAGAUGCGCCGACUCUCGGCGGCCUUCUUCGGCCAAAGCCGCCAGGCACGCUUGUUGCACUGCGAUGCCUCAGUCUCGCCAGAGCAGAGCGCAAUUAGCGCGCCAUCCUGCAAUUCUGUCAGCGAAUGCGUGGUCUUGCAGGAGAAAUUCCAGGCCUCCAACAAAGACAAGCGAACCUACAUGCAUGCGGUGGGAGCUGGAGCUACCGGUGAAGUCUUCGUGGGUUGGCAUGCUGGUUUCGUUCAUGAGGUGGCAACGAAGAUUGCUUUCAAAGCCGAGGAUGCUGAACUGGAAGUGCUAUGCUGA